CUGACUGCGGAUAACUUCCCCCUCUGACCAAGAUGGCGUCUCUUAGAAAGGAGUGUUAGCAGAGGGUCUUUGUUGUGUUAGAAAGAGGUAAAAUGUGUAAAGUCCAGAUGCUGAGAGCGUUGGUGGAGCAGCGACUAACUGCGGCUGCUGAAGAGAUAUUUGGGCUGUUUGAAAGAACGAUAGCAGAGUACGAGGAGGAACUUUGUCGUUCAAAAGAGGAGAACGAGCGACAACGGGAACUACUGGACGCUGUUUUCAACCCUCAGCUCCGGGUCCACAGAGCAGAUGUCCAGCAGCUGUCAGUGGUCAAAGAAAAGGUUCCUCCUGAGCAGCCGAAGUGUUACUCCAGUGUGGAGCAGCAGCAACAGCUAGAGGCCCCCCCACACAUUAAAGAGGAACAUGAGGAACUGGGGCGCUGUCAGGAGGGAGAGCAGCUUCAAGAGUUGGAGGAGGCUGAUAUCACAGAGUUCCCAUUCACUCCUGUCUCUGUGAAGAGUGAAGAUGAUGAAGAGGAAGCUCAGUCCUCACAGCUUCAUCAAAGACAAACUCAACAUGUGGAAACAGAAGCUGAUGGAGAGGACUGUGGAGGACCAGAACCAGCCAGGAACUCACAUCCACUUUUACAACCAGAGACUGAAGACCAGACUUUAGACUCUUCUGAACCUGAGACUGAUGACAGUGCUGAUUGGAAGGAGACCAGAGAACCUCAGUCAGCUUUAAACUCUCUGAAACAUGAUUCAACAUAUGUUCAGCAGCUGUUGGUGGUUAAAGAAGAGGUUCCCCCUGAGCAGCAGGAGUGUAGCUCCCGUGUGGACCAGCAGGAGCCAGAGACCCCCCCACACAUUAAAGAGGAACCGGAGGAUCUGUGGAGCAGUCAGGAGGGAGAGCAGCUUCAAGGGCUGGAGGAGGCUGAUAUCACCAAGUUCCCAUUCACUCCUGUCCCUGUGAAGAGGGAAGAUGAUGAAGACAAAGCUCAGUCCUCAUGCAAUCAAGGAGAUGUUCAACCGCUGUUGGUGGUUAAAGAUUGGGUUCACCCUGAGCAGCUGGAGUGUUUCUCCAGCGUGGACCAGCAGGAGCCGGGGUCCCCCCCACACAUUAAAGAGGAACCGGAGGAAUUAUCGAGCAAUGUUCAACAGCUGUCGGUGGUUAAAGAAGAGGUUCCCUCUGAGCAGCAGGAGUGUAGCUCCAGCGUGGACCAGCAAGAGUCCUCCCCACACAUUAAAAAGGAACAGGAGGAAUUCUGGAGCAGAGAGGAACCGUCUACUUCCUCUGUAAGUGACAUUAGAAAUCAGCAGGAGUGGAGCUCCAGUGUGGACGAGGAGCAGCCAGAGAAUAUCAGCCAGGUUGGAACUCUUUCUCUCUAA